UUGCAAGAUUUGAACUUAAACUUAUUCUUUUGCACUUUAACAUUUUUUGAUAACUCGGUAUCUGUUUUUCCUUCAUUAGAACCUACAUUCAUAGUUAAACGCGACAACGGGCAAGGGCUGAUUGGAAUGACAAAUGAAACUGAGUAAACAACACACCUAUGUCACCUGUGCAAGCGUGGCUUAAACAUACACAACAACCGGCCUUCGUUACUAUGGCAACAUAUGUUGUGGCAUCAUGCAUCGCUGCCAUCAGCCUGCACCAUGCAGACGCACAGUUAAAAGAAGAACAUGCAUAAAACAAAACAAAAAGUUAACGUUCGUCUCUAUGCAUGUAAUGACUUCCCUAUUGGCCGGAUAUGUUGUCUAUUAAAAAUGUAAACUUGCAACUUCGUUGAAACCCUACAAACCGACUUGCUAAUCCAAUUCUGUGGAGGAGUUAGAUGAUUACCGUGAUAACAGACGUCAGUCUCUCGACGUUGUGAGACAUCGUCCUUCGAAAUAGGCCAAAAAUGACUAGCACAGUAAAAUAUGACUGGUACCAGUCAGAUACGACCAUCACAAUUACUGUCCUGCUGAAGAACGCUGCAGACAAAAACUACUCCGUCACAAUUGCUCCCGAUAGCCUUCGUAUGGUUGCAGAUGGAAUCGAACCGAUCGUCCUGAAUCUUUGGGAUACGAUCAACGUCGAAAAUAGUUCACACAAAGCAACCCCUAGCAAGGUAGAAAUAAAGCUAGCGAAACUAGUCGGACAUCGCUGGGCAGCGUUGGAGAAACAACAGGAAUUAGCUUCCGCCCAGUCACUGCCGAAAACAAGUGCGCACGACUGGGACAAGAUUACCAAGGAGAUCGAGAAGCAGGAAGAGCUAGAAAAACCUCAGGGUGAUGAAGCUGUCCAGACUCUGUUCCAAAAAAUUUACGCUGAUGCCAAUGAGAACACGAAAAAGGCCAUGAUGAAAUCGUUCUACGAAUCGAACGGAACUGUACUUAGCACAAAUUGGGAUGACGUCGGAUCCAAGCAGGUCGAGGUCAAGCCACCAGAUGGUUGCGAAUUCAAACAGUGGAAGUAAAGACAAAUGCUUUCGCCUGCGUGUGCAAACACAACUAUUUUACUCUCGUAAAAACAAAUCAUAUAUUAGAGUGGUGAAAAUUCAGGUUCAGUUACUGCAAACAGCACUUUACUCUUCGUGUAGACCACAUCUAUUCAUCAGAUCUGAAUGUUAUAUAGGUACUGCUUUAUGCUGUGUUCAUUUUGUAACGUAAAGCAUUGGUUAAAUUCUUAAUAUCGCUGCUUAAUUUUGUAUUCAGUUGAAUUUCGCUCAGCUUAUUUUCAUGAUUAACAGUUUAGACUUUAGCUUUACCGAUUUCGCUGAUAGUCAACACAAACCGAAUUUAGAAUGAGCAUACGUUUCAACCAUCAUCACAUCACCACCUCCUUCAGGUUAGAUCACUCUAAUAAUGAUUUGGAUUUCUUUGUUUGCGCUUUGAUUUAAUAAAAAUGAUAUU